ACAGCUCUCCAUGCAACCCACGAGCUCCCGCCCGCGUUUGCAGAACAAAGUGCCCGGUCCCAAAAGACCCGGGGAAAGAUGGGUGCCGAGAAGACUUUUUCUUUAGCAAUGCAGAGUCUCCCCCCGAGUUCCACCCUGGCGCCUCCCGGGGCGUGGCCAGAUCUAAUAAAAGGGGAUUGGGGGGCGGUGUCACUUGCUUUGCUGCUGCUGCGUUUUUCUGGCCUAACGUGGUGUUGCUGAGAAGCCAUGGCCAAAUACGUGGAGCUUUACACCAAGGCCAAGAUGCCCAUCCUGGGCCUGGGCACCUGGAAGUCACCCCCAGGGAAAGUAGCGGAUGCUGUGAAGAAGGCCAUCGACGUGGGAUAUCGCCACUUCGACUGCGCCUACGUAUACCAGAAUGAAAACGAAGUUGGCAGUGGAAUCCAAGAGAAAAUCAAAGAAGGGGUUGUGAAGCGGGAGGACCUCUUCGUUGUCAGCAAGCUUUGGUGCACAUUCCAUGAGAAACACCUGGUGAAGAGUGCGUGCAAGACAACCCUGGCAUCUCUGAAAUUGGAUUACCUGGACCUCUACCUCAUUCACUGGCCUGUCGGAUUCAAGGCUGGUGACAAUCUGUUCCCCGCUGACGAAAAAGGCAUGAUCAUAUCCAGCAACACAAACAUCCUAGACACCUGGGAGGCCAUGGAGGAACUGGUGGAUGCUGGGCUAGUGAAAGCCAUUGGCGUUUCCAAUUUCAAUCAUGGUCAAAUUGAGAGAAUCUUGAACAAGCCAGGAUUGAAGCACAAGCCAGCAAAUAACCAGAUUGAAUGCCACGUGUAUCUCACCCAGGAAAAGCUGAUUAGUUACUGCCAGUCCAAAGGGAUCACCGUCACUGCAUACAGUCCGCUGGGCUCUCCUGACAGGCCAUGGGCCAACCCAGAGGAUCCGUCUCUCCUGAAUGAUCCCAAGAUCAAAGAAAUUGCUGCUAAACACAAUAAAACUGCAGCUCAGGUCCUGAUCCGAUUUCAUAUCCAAAGAAAUGUGAUUGUGAUACCCAAAUCUGUCACCCCAGCGCGCAUUGAGGAAAAUUUUCAGGUGUUUGACUUUGACCUGUCCAAGGAGGAGAUGGAGACCAUCCUUAGCUUCAACCGGAACUGGAGAGUGUGCGCCCUGAGCAUGUGUGCUAAUCACAAAGAGUAUCCUUUCACAGCUGAAUAUUAAAGCCCUGUUCUCCUGCAAGCUACGGAUUGGGACAUCCAUCCACACCAUCUCAGCUUGUCCAUCUGUUCUCUUUCCACUGCAUUUGGAAACCUUCACAUUUCCAGCAUAGGUUCAGUAUGUUCUGAGCAACAGAAUUUGAAGGGGGGGGGGGGUAUUGAGUUUUUCUCCUUAUUAAGCAGAAAAAUCUUUGCCCUAACUAGCCACUGGACUACUACAGAGGUGAACAAUAACUAACAAUAACUUCUGUGUCAUCACUUCUUUUGACUGUUCCUGAAAAUGAGGCAGGUGGUUCAUGUCUCUUUGUGUGCUGAAAUAAAGGUUACGUGUUUUUCCAUUAAAAUUAUUGGGUCAUACACUCAACUGCUUUUCUGUUAAUGAAAGAGGGAUAAUUUUCCCUAGUCCUCUUCCAACCCAGAAAGCCUUUUCUUUAUAAAGACCCUCUUUUCCUAAGUAAUGUCUUUUCACAUGUCACAUGAGGAGGGAAAGAUUGUGUUGGCAAAGCAGUCGAGGAUAUAACUCCAUGUUCUUAGACUCCACAUUGAAACUGGGAGUUUUCGUGGUUACAGGUAUGUUGUUUGUGUUCAAUUAGCUUAUGGCUUGGUUCCCCAAAGAUUUUGGAAUGGUUUUUCAGACAGUACUUCUAAUAAAACCUGUCUAGUUA